AUGUGGGGGAAUCGAAGCCCUCGGAAGUUCAAAUGUGUUCUCGAUCCAGAGGUCUAUCGGCUACCAACAAUUGUCAUGUUAAUUCCGAUGGAGCCGAUAAAUGCACUGAUACGAGAGUCACAUGGGUUGUUGCAUGUCCCGUUUGAAAGCCGCCUUGGGGAGCUCUCAAGAAGCCGACACUUGGACAAUGGCUAUUUGGAUUCGGAACGCCCGUUCCAAGAUAGAGAAAGCCUGCCAGACAGUCCACCAGAACUAACCCCUGUUCACCAGUUCUGUAAGGUUCGGUCUGUUCCCUGCCUCCACAAAAUGGGCGCAAGUUCCACUCCACAGCAUGCAUUAGAAUCCAUGGGAAUAUCCAUCAAAAUCCCAAUUCAAUAG